AUGUAUGUCAUAACGGGGCGCAUCUACCCUAGCAUAGGAUUCUUUCUUCGGCAUUUCUUGUCCGGAUUCCUUUUGGGAUACUUCUUUUCUUCAGAUUCUUCUUCGGUCAUUUCUUUUUCUUUGGACGCUUCUGUUUCUUCGGAUUCUUCUUCUUCGGGUUCUUCUUCAGACACUUCUUCUACGGAUUCUUCUUUUUUCAAAUCUUCUUCGGUCACUUCUUUGUAUUUUUCUUCUUUUUUGGAUUCUUCUUCGGACACGCCUUCGAAUACUUCUUCGAACACUUUUUCUUCGGAUUCUUCUUUUUUAGAAUCUUCUUCAGUCACAUAUUCGGAUUCUUCUUUGUACACUUCUUUUUCGUAUUUUACUUUUUCGGAUUCGCACACUUUUUCUUUGUCUUCUUCUUUGGAUUCUUUUUCGUUAGAUUCUUCAUGUUUGUAUUCUUCUUCUCAUUAUUAUUUUUUGGAAUCUUUUUCGUCUUUCCUCUUUUUAUUCUCAUUCUCUCUUCUCAAUUUUCUCGGGAGAAACGUUCGCCUUUUAUCUGCUCCUUUUGUUGAUAUUUUUGUUAUUGUUGUUACCCAUUCAAUUUUCAUGCCUCUCUUUCCCUUUCUUUCUCCAAAGCAGAAACCCAUCCAGUUAAUCUAUCUAUUUAUCUAUCUAUCUAUCUAUCUAUCUAUCUAUCUAUCUAUCUAUCUGACACUGUUAGUAGGUUUUUAA